AGUCAACUCGCCUGAUGCUCGCACGCCUUUGACCGUCUGCCUCGCCAGAACGUCCAGCGUCUCGUCCUCAAAUCCAACUCGUGCUUUCAAUCUACAGCAUGGUCAGUGGAUGUUUUUCUCUUCUUGGAUCGUCGGUCAGCAGCACACGAACACGCACGCGCGAGUCCUCCCGCCUGACCUCCUGGGUAUGCCAUCUAUCAUAUAGUGCCGACUUCCCGCUGCGAUAACAUCUCAUCAUGACUGAACCGAUACCUAUUCCGCGGUCCAAGUCCAUGGCCACCAACAUGGACGAGGCCGCUGCGGCCGAUAUGCCUGGAAGUCUGCCCUCUAUGGACUCGACAGAUUACCUGACCCCAGGUUAUCAAUCGUCAACACCCGGAAGCCCUUACCUUCUGUCACGCAAUAACUCGUACACUGGGAGCCAGUCAAUGCAAGAAGAUUGGGAAAUCCCCCUGGAUAAAAUCACAUUCUUCGAUAUCUUCGAGAAUUUAUCCUUGCCGUCGAAGCUCGAGAAGUGGCAGGCAACGUUGGCCGCGCAGAAAGAUAAGCUGGCUAAACGGCAGGAAAGGAUACGCACGUCAGGGAACAAUGCCAAAGACCGGGCCAUGGCCGAAUGGCGCAAACGAGUCCCCACGGCCGACGAGCAGCUCGCAAAGUACCGGUCCCGAAUGAAGAAGUCCGUGGACGACCUCAGCAAGAGAUGGAACGAGAGAAUGACGAUAACAAUGCGGGAGAAGGUGUCAUUUAUCUCGGCCGUGCUCAAUGUCUUCCUCACCGGCUAUCUGAUCGGCGCUGUACCGGAAUAUUUUUACUAUUGGUUCACGAUCCAACUGGCUUAUUUCAUGCCCAUCAGAUUCAUCACCUACCGGCGGAAGGGCUACCACUAUUUCCUAGCGGAUCUAUGUUACUUUGUGAAUUUUCUCUGUCUCUUGUGCAUAUGGGUGUUUCCUCGAUCCAAACGCCUCUUCAUCAGCACCUACUGUCUCGCGUAUGGCAACAAUGCAGUGGCUAUUGCCAUGUGGAGGAAUUCGUUGGUUUUCCACUCGUUGGAUAAAGUCACCAGUCUCUUCAUCCAUGUGAUGCCUCCGGCAGCUCUACAUUGUAUUGUGCAUCUGACGUCCGAAGAUUUUCUGCAACGACGGUUUCCGGCCGUGUACGACAUCAAGCACAGCGCUCCCGGCUUGCCGGAACACUACACCCUGACAGCCAUGCUCGGGUGGGCAACCAUCCCUUAUAUCGUGUGGCAAUUGUCAUAUCACUUUUUCAUCACCGUACGACGCCGGGAACAGAUUGCGGCAGGGCGACCUACCUCAUUUACCUGGCUACGCAAGUCGUACGCAAAGACCUGGUUGGGGAAGUUUGUCAUUUCCCUACCGGAAAGCCUGCAAGAGCCAGCAUUCAUGCUCAUCCAGUAUCUUUAUGCCUUGCUCACCAUCAUUCCGUGUCCCCUCUGGUUUUGGUACCGUUGGGCUAGCGCCACGUUCCUCAUGGCGGUGUUUACGUGGAGCGUUUGGAACGGGGCGGUGUAUUACAUGGACAUCUUUGGCAAGAGGUUCGAGAAGGAACUGGAGCAAAUGAAGCGCGAGGUGGCCCGAUGGCAGAACAGCCCCGGUGCCAUGAUGAGUCCGCCUACAGGUCCGUUGGAUGGAGAAGGUCAGAUCGGCGGCACCACUCCUACCAGCGAAUGCGUCGACGGAGACAAGAGCAAGAGAAAAAGCAUCGACCGUAUCCCGUUGCUGGAUGAAACCCCGUCACAGAACGGCAGGGAGGAAGAACGGCCUGGAUUGGCUAGAGCCACGGGGGCUCAGAUCCUGCAUGAUUCCGAGAGCGGCGGUCUACUUUCAGAUCGAAAGGCUACAUGUGCAUCUGGAUCUGCUAAGUCGUUUUCUGAUGGUCAAGAAUGACUGGAUGGGCGCGGCAGAACUGCAAGAUCUUACUAGUUGGCAAUUGAUAUCGGUUACUGGGCGCUGUACACUUGUUGCAUAGGUAUCAAUGCAUUUUAUUCAUACAUAGGUACAUACCUGGCCUGCUGGGGACACUCACUGUUCAUAGUGAUCUGUAUGCUAUUGUCUUGUGUAGGACCCAUUCAACAUCUUAUCCAUGCCUAUGAAGCACUGUAUCUGGG